CACGUUGUGCAUUUAUUUAUAUAUAUAAAAGACACGUUGUGCAUGGAAAGCAAAUUGCGGUGCGGUGACGCCGCGAUGAUUCUGCGCGUGUCCUGUCCACCACCGCAUAUAUAUGAUCUUAAGGAAGUGGGAGCGUCCGUUAUGGGUCCUUUUCAAGUUAUUAUAUAGUGGGUAGGAAGGUGGGGACCACUGCCGCAAAUCACGGCUAAAUAGAACCUCGCAGCGCAGCCAGGGAGUGAGACUGAUUUGGAUUGGAUUCGGCGCUUUCUUCUAGUCUCACUCACACUCAACACUCAACACUCGGUCAUAUUUACGCGAUUUACCGAGUCCAGCCUGCAAUUCUCCCAAGGCAAAUCAACCAACUGCUACUCAGCUUUCGGUGGAAGCGAAAUGGCGAAGGAGAUCGGAUUCUUCGAAUUGAACACCGGAGCUAAGAUGCCGUCGGUGGGCCUCGGCACUUGGCAGGCUGAACCUGGCCUCGUCGGAGCCGCCGUCGAGGCCGCCAUCAAGGUUGGCUACCGCCAUAUCGAUUGUGCUCGAGUUUAUGACAACGAAAAGGAGAUUGGCGAAGUCUUCAAGAAGCUGUUUGAGGAGGGUGUGGUCAAGCGCGAGGAAUUGUUUAUUACCUCGAAGCUUUGGUGCAACGCUCAUGAUCCAGAAGAUGUUCCAGGAGCACUGGAAACCACUUUGGCAGAGCUUCAGCUUGAUUACGUUGAUCUCUACCUUAUUCACUGGCCAGUCAAAAUGAAGAAAGGUGCCGUUGGGUUUGUAUCGGAGAACCUUCUUCCACCAGAUAUCCCCAGCACCUGGCGAGCAAUGGAAGCACUCUAUGCUUCAGGCAAGGCCCGUGCUAUUGGUGUCAGUAACUUCUCUGUGAAGAAGCUGGGAGAUUUGUUGGAGGUGGCUCGUGUGCCUCCUGCUGUGAAUCAGGUGGAGUGCCAUCCAGCAUGGCAGCAGCCCAAACUGCGUGCAUUUUGUCAGUCCAAGAACGUUCACCUAUCAGGGUAUUCACCACUGGGAUCUCCUGGAACUACGUGGAUCAAGGGGGAUGUCCUCAACAAUCCAAUCCUGUCUGAGGUUGCAGAGAAAUUGGGGAAAACUCGUGCACAGGUAGCGCUACGUUGGGGCCUGCAAAUGGGUCAUAGUGUGCUACCUAAGAGUACAAAUGAAACAAGGAUCAAGGAGAACAUUCAAGUCCACGGCUGGUCUAUCCCUGACGACUUAUUUGCUAAAUUCUCUGAAAUUGAACAGGUAAGGCUUGUGAGCGGAACUGGAUUCGUGCAUGAGACCUACGGCGCUUACAGGAGCAUUGAGGAGUUGUGGGACGGUGAAGUCUGAAUUGCACGUCUGGAAGUGCAAAUUGGUGAAUGAAGGCAGUGGCGAACUUGUGUGAGCCCACCGCCCGAGGCAGUAGAUGCUUCUCUAGUUUAAAUUUCAUUCUGUGCUUAAGAAAUUGAGGUGAACUGUUGUUGGUUGAUAACUUUCGCUGGAGGCUUUAGGGACUGCAUAAAUUUACUGCCUAGGAAGUUGAUUGAUUUGUGAUGAUUGCAGUAUUGUUUUCAAUGGGAACCGGAGUUGAAUUGUUUGCAGGGUGCAAUUUUUCAAAUUAGAAGACGAACUCAUAUAGAUUUCGGUUUAGCCAUUGCACUCUUCUGCGCUGCAACGAGUUUAGAAUUCUUGAAGGUCCUAAAGUAGGAAUCUGAAUUUCUCUAGGGCUAAUUACAACUCGGAGGCUUAAAACUAGAGGGCUAAAGGCUCGAAGAAAUAAACUGAUGCAAUUCGG